UUGGAGCGUACUUUUGGCAGCCUUAAACCCAUUAGUUCUCGCUGUGUCUUUGUACGUAUUACUACCAGGCCAGCAGCGACACGCUGCGCACGCGCUAGGCGCUGCCAAGCAUCGUAUCAAACAUGGCUUACGGAGCCAUCCCUGGUGAUGGCACCGCUGGUGCUGCAGAGGCGCCGCAACAGCGCUGCAAGGUCGCCGUAGCAAUAAUCCUCUGCCUGCUCACAAUAUCCGUCGUCCCACUGGCCAACAAGGCCGUGCUGAAACGCGGCGCGAACGGUGCGCCUCUAGCUAUGACUGCCUGUCAGCUUCUUGGAGCGGCGUUGCUCUUCGGCCUUUGCCACGUCCUGCAUUCCGCGGCGACGGGCGCCCUCGCGCGACCGACGCGCGCCGAGCUCCGUCGCAAGGCUAGGAACAUCGCCCCCCUCGGCGUGGCCUUCGGGCUCAAGCUGGGCGUGACGAACGUCGGACUCAGUUUGGUGUCCGUCGAGCUCCACGUGCUACUGAUGGCGACGGACAUCUUCUGGACGGCUCUCUUCGCGCGAUUAAUCAACCGCGAGGUGCCCAGUCCCGCGGGGGCGCUCGCGCUUGUUGGGUGUUUCGUCGGCGCGUGCUUAGUGUCCACCAACGCCAUAGAUGCCGUCGAACCGGGCGACGCGCCGAUCUACGCCAUCGCCCUGAAUUUGAUCGGCCCGGCCUUCCAGGGUAUUGUGGUGGCGCUGCUAAGGAAAUCUGCCCGGCGCGAGAUCGACGCCGAGAAUACGUCGUACGCCGAGUUUACGUUCCUCAAGCUCUGCUUCAGUGCCCUCGCCGCGUUCCCGGUGGCGCUACUGUACGAGGGCGUCGCCGCGGUCGCGACGCUCCAUCUAGAGACGGCGCGCUUCGCUAUUUCAACGCUCCUCGUCAGCGGCGUCCAGCUGUCCUUCACCGUGCUGGCAACGCUGACGUCGUCCACGAGUGUGGGUGUGGUGGGCACGUGCAAGGUCGUCCCGCAGUGGCUCCUGGCGUUCGUCGCGAACGGGACGAGCCUGAGCCCCCAGCACCUCGCGGCGCAUCACCUGCAGCACCUGGUAGGCGUCGUGCUCGUGACGCUGUCGGCGUUGCUCUGGGCCUACUCAGGUGGUGCACACGCGCGACGCGACACAGCGGCGCGCGUGCUCGCCGAGGUCUUCGACGCCGCGACGCCGCCGGGCUCGCCGUCGCGCGCGACGUCGCCGCACUCGCCGGCGCUCCUGAAGCUCGGGUCCUUCUAG